AUGUCAUCAACAAUUGAAAGUCCCUCGAAAUCAUCAACAACGAAUAUACGUUAUCAUAAUAAUGGAAUAGAAAGUGAUUCAACAGCGACACAUUCAAAUGGAAAUGGUGUAACUGCUGUUGUUGUUACAAAUCCACUUGCAUCAUCAUCAUUUUCAUCGACAACAUCUCGUUAUCAAUCAUCAGUUAUGAAUAAAUAUAAAAAUUUAGCAACACCAGAUUUAACACAUCCAUUAUCAAGUCUCAAACAAAUGACACAUGUUUUGACAAAUAAUAAUGGAAAUAAUACACCAUUAGAUUCACAUGCUUAUUUUGCAUCAAAAUAUCGUCGUGCUGAUCCAUAUCUUCGUUCAACAACAUCAACACCGAAUUCAACACCAACAAAGACAUCAACUACCGCAACUAAUGAAUCAACAACAACCGAUGGUCCACCACCAGUUGCUCCUCCUCCUCCACCACCUCCUCCACCGCCACCACCACCAACAAUAUCUGCUCCUCCUUCAUCAUCUUCAUCAACAUCAAGUAUAAAAGGUCCAUCUAAUCGUUUAGCAUUAGAUGAUCUUCAUCAAUCUCCAAUUCUUCAUAGUACAACAACACAUAGUCAUACAUCAAAUGGUGAAUAUCGUUCAACUCUUUAUCCAAAUAUAGUUAAUAAUCCAACAUCAACACCAAUACCAUCUCCACCACAAGGUUAUGGUUCAUCAUCAUCAACAACAACAACAACAACAACUAAUUCUACAAUAUCAAAAUUAAUGCGACCACGUCAAGAAUCAGAAACAAAUUCAGUUAAUAAAGAACAACCAAUAGCACCAAGAAUUCGUGAAAUAAGUUCAAAUGUUGGUUUUGUUUCAUUACCUGAUCAAGUUCAUAGACGAGCAGUUAAAAAAGGUUUCGAAUUUAAUUUAAUGGUUGUUGGUCAAUCUGGUUUGGGUAAAUCAACAUUUAUAAAUACAUUAUUUCAAACUGAACUUUAUGGUCAAGAUUUUCCAUCAACAAUUCAUAGAAAAAAGAAAACUGUUUCAAUGGAUUCAUCAUCAAUUAUAUUAAAAGAAAAAGGUGUACAAUUACGUUUAACUAUUGUUGAUACACCAGGUUUUGGUGAUGCUGUUGAUAAUUCAAAUUGUUGGCAACCAAUUAUCGAUUAUAUUGAUUCUAAAUAUGAAGAAUAUUUAAAUGCUGAAUCUCGUGUUAUUCGUAAAUCUCAUAUAGUUGAUAAUCGUGUUCAUUGUUGUUUGUAUUUUAUUACACCAACUGGUCAUAGUCUUCAAUCAUUAGAUAUUGAAUUUAUGAAACGUCUUCAUGAUCGAGUAAAUAUAAUACCUGUUAUAGCAAAAGCUGAUACAUUAACAUCAGAUGAAUUACGUUUAUUUAAAAAAUCUAUUAUGCAAGAUAUAACAAAUGAAAAAAUGAAAUUAUAUGAAUUUCCCGAAUGUGAUGAUGAUGAUGAAAAUAAAUUAACAAAAAUUUAUAAAGAUAAAGUACCAUUUGCUGUUGUUGGAAGUAAUUUUAUAUUAGAAAAAGGAAGUAAACGUACACGUGUACGACAAUAUGCAUGGGGAACUGUUGAUGUUGAAGAUGAGGUUCAUAGUGAUUUUAUAGCAUUAAGAAGUAUGCUUAUACGAACAAAUUUAAAUGAUUUACGUGAUGUCACACAUAAUAUUCAUUAUGAAAAUUAUCGUUAUAAAAAAUUAAGUUCUUACAAUGGAAAUGAUACAAAAAAUGGUAAAACAAUGCAAUCAACAUCUGUGAAUAAGAAUUUUUUAACACAAAUAGAUGAUGAAAGAACUGAAACGGAAACAAGAUUAGAAAAAAUGUCACGUGAUAUGGAAGCUGUCUAUCAAUCGAAAGUAACAGAAAAAAUGCAAAAACUUGAAGAAAGCAAACAAAAUGUUUUAAAAACUCAAGAAACAUAUCGAUUAAGUAUUCAACAAGAUGAAGAACGUCUUCAAUUAAAACGUGAUGAAUUUGAACGUAGUAAACGUGAAUGGGAAGAAAGUUUAACAAAAACUGGUUAUCAUGAUCAAAUUGGAUCACUUACAAAAACGGCAAAGAAAGGUCUUUUUUAA